UCUUUAUUCCUGCUUCUUUCUUCUUCUUCUUCGCUUCUUUCACACUCUUUCAGAGUCUUCAAACACAAAAACACACACUGAUUUCACAUAGUUAAACCUUCUACAUACACCGAUUCCCAACUCUACUUUCUCCUACAUACAGAUAUAUAUAUGUUAUGUAUAUUCGGCGUCGUUUAGUUCAUCUCGAUCCAGCUUCGGUUUUUGCGAUUCCGCUCAGAACUCAGAAUUUCAAUUUCUUAAACCCUAAUUUGCCCUUUUUUCCUUCUAUUCAUGCUUGCCAUUGCCUAAUACAAUAAUUCUGAAAUUGGUUACCUCGUCGUUACCUCCAAAGUUUGCUGAUUGUUUGUUGGCUCUUUGGAGUAAUUUUGGGGGGGAGAUGAAAUCGAAGAUAAAAUGGGCGGCAUUGGGAGGGCUAGUGUUAUCAUUUGUAUCUUUGUUAGUGCAUUUAUUUCUUGCAAAGUCGAGUGCGAACAUUGUUCAUUACGCUGGAAUUCCAUUCAUGACUAAAAGUUGGAGUCAAUUCAUUCCUGCUGAAGAUGUUGAGGUUCCGGUGAAUAAGAAGUUGUGGGGAAAGGUCAAGGCAUUGGAAGGAUUGCAUCCAUAUGCGAAACCAAGAAGUGCAUAUCCUGUUCCAAUCACACAGAACAAUGGCUUCAUUUAUGCAAAAAUCUUUGGGGGCUUUGAGAAGAUCAGGAAUUCAAUUUGUGACCUGGUCGCUGUUGCAAGACUCCUAAAUGCCACCCUUGUUAUCCCUGAGAUUCAACAAAGUAUUCGCUCAAAAGGAAUCAGUUCCAACUUCAAAAGCUUUUCAUAUAUCUACAAUGAGGAGCAGUUCAUUGCAGCUCUAGCAACUGAUGUAAUCAUUGUGAAGGAUCUUCCCCCAAAUCACAAGGAUGCCAGAAAGCAGAAGCAAUUUCCAACUUUCAGACCCCAACAUUCAGCUCCUCCAAGCUUUUACCUGACCAAUGUUUUACCCAAACUAAAGAAAGCUAAGGUUGUUGGGCUCAUAGUUACUGAUGGAGGAUGCCUACAGUCCAUUCUUCCUAAUAGCCUGGGUGAAUACCAGAGGCUGAGAUGUCGUGUUGCUUUUCAUGCUCUUCAGUUCCGCUCAGAAAUUGUUGCACUUGGGCGCCUGAUGGUACAAAGGUUACGCUAUCCAGGUCAUCCUUACCUUUCUUAUCACCCUGGGCUUAUAAGAGAUACCCUAGCAUAUCAUGGAUGUGCUGAACUCUUUCAGGACAUUCAUUCUGAGCUGAUACAGUAUCGGCGGAAGCAGUUAAUCAAACAGGGGAUUGUUAAUCAAGAAUUAAGUGUUGAUUCAUAUGCUCAAAAAGCAAAUGGCUCAUGCCCACUUAUGCCAGAAGAGGUAGGGCUUCUGCUUCGAGCAAUGGGCUAUCCUCCAACAACUACAAUCUAUCUGGCCGGUUCUGAAACCUUUGGUGGUCAAAGGGUUUUGAUUCCUUUACAUGCGAUGUAUACCUACUUGGUGGAUCGGACUUCUUUGUGCAGCAAACAAGAGCUGGAUGAUUUAAUUGGCCCAGAAACCCCACUUCCUCCAGAUCCACUUGAAGCUUUACCUGCAAAAAGUGUUAAGCAACAAAAAGAGGAAUGGGAAAAGGCUGGUCCUCGCCCCAGGCCGCUUCCCCCUCCUCCUGAUCGACCAAUUUAUCGGCACGAGAAAGAAGGUUGGUAUGGCUGGGUUGCUGAAAAUGAUACAGAGCCAAACCCUUCGCCUUCUGAUUUAAGGGAGCAGGCACAUCGAUUGUUAUGGGAUGCUCUUGAUUACAUUGUUUCAGUGGAAGCUGAUGCAUUUUUUCCUGGCUUUGACAAUGAUGGUAGUCAAUGGCCUGAUUUCUCUGGCUUGGUCAUGGGACACCGGCUCUAUGAGAUGGCUUCUUCAAGAACAUUUCGACCAAACAGGACAUAUCUUGCUGAACUAUUCAACAGUACUAGUGCUCAUCUUUACUAUCCGCCACAUAAUUGGACUCUUGCUGUCAAAGCCCAUCUUAACAAAAGCCUUGCUGAGGAGGGCCUUAAUCAGGAACUUCAUCUGGCAAAGCCAAAGUCGUUUCUAUCCCACCCGAUCCCAGAAUGUUCUUGUACGACUCUCAGGACACCAGAGGUUCUGCAGUCUGGGAAGGAUAGCAGCGUCCAACUGCUCUAUGAAGGGCAGGAUGAAUGUCCAAAGUGGAUGGAGCAAAGUCUUGCAAAAUCAGUUGUGCUAGAGGGUAAUGGUGAAGAGUUUGAAUCACAAGAAGAUGAGGUGGAUUCAGAAGGGCAGCCGGAGUCGGAAGGAAAUGACCAAAGUAAUGCAAUUCCAUCCUGGGAACAGGGCGAGGACAUGGACCCUGACGAUUAGGAAUACUUGUACAGAUAGAACCUGAUUGUCGCCGUACAUCCCUUGCUCCUCCUGCUUUCUACAUUUGCCAUUGAAUCUUGACAAUCAAUUGAUGCAGGCACAAUAGCACAGAGCACUAGCAAACUUUUCUCCGGCUCCAGAGAAAACAUUAUAGACAGAAACAUAGAAGAUUGCACGUGAAAAUUUGUGGACAUGCUUCUUGGAUUGGAGUGUUUGCAAUCCUAUUGCUGGUAGCAUUUGAGGGUAAUACCUUGAGAAUAUUCAAAAUCCCUCAGAAAGUUUUUGUGGUGAGGGAGCUGCACUGGCUCCGGAAUGAGGAAAUGUUUUUUUUUUUUUUUACAGAAAUCAGCUGUAUACUUUUCCAGUUGUUUUUGAGCGAUGACACUUGGAAGCAUGAGAUACGCCAGAGGUUAACUGUGCUUUAACGUGAUUGUUUCUUUAGUGAAAA